CUGCUGUUACGGGAUUACAAUGACGUCACAUUGAUAACCUUGCAUGGAUGAAUGCUAAAGAACUAUAGAGGCACAAAUAAUAGCACAAGCAGAGUCCAUAUCUUGUAAGUCUUACUUUAUGCUUUAAGCCCUCUUCAGCUAUAGAGCAAUAAUAUUUUUAUUUUUUAUUUUUUUGAUGAAGAUUUAUUUUAUUUUUGUUAUCGUUUUCUUUUAAGGAUUAUAAAAAAUGUUACUAGCUGCUGUAAACAGCUCAAAGUCUCUUCUAAGUGCAGUCAUUUAUUAUUGAGCAAAAGGCCGUACGUAGAAAUGUGUGUAAGAAGAUGCAUUUGAUGCAGCUUUAGUUACAAUCGGCCAGGGGAAUAUUUCUGAUGGUAAGAAAAGAAGCAGCUACAGCAUGUCUUUCUCACAGUUUGGAUGUCCUUAUAACGGAACUUCACAGUUAUUCGUGUCGGCAAACCCCAGUACGACUUGCUGCGAUUCGAUUUCCAGGUCGGUGUCUGAGUCCAGCGGUUCCCAGGCUCCUGCAUCAUUCUACCGCCCUUCUUAUGAGAACCGUCUGCUGGCGAGUACGCGCACGGAGUUGAAUGCGGCUUCUCUCGGGAUGUACGGUUCUCCAUACGCAGCAGCGGCCGCCGCCAGCCAGAAUUACGCCAACUACUUCUCUUACAGCACCGAAGCCUCAUCUCUCUAUUCCACGCUGAACCCACAGUACGAUAUCAAGGAUGGCGCAGGCGGAUUGCAUUCUGGAAUCACACAAACAGCAGCCUAUUAUCCCUACGAGCAUUCUCUGGGGCAAUAUCAAUACGACAGGUAUGGGACUAUGGAUUUUAAUGGGUCAACCAGGCGAAAAAAUGCCACCCGGGAGACUACCAGCACUCUAAAGACAUGGCUUUAUGAGCACAGGAAAAAUCCGUACCCGACAAAGGGGGAGAAAAUCAUGCUGGCCAUCAUCACCAAAAUGACCCUCACCCAGGUGUCCACCUGGUUUGCAAAUGCGCGGAGAAGGCUAAAGAAGGAGAACAAGAUGACCUGGACCCCAAAAAACAAAGCAGGGGAUGAAAGGAAAGAUAAAAAUGAGAAAAGUGACCCGGAUUACAUCAACAAAGAUACCAAAGACUACAAGGAGGAGAAGGACCUUCAGCUGAGUGACCUGGACGAUAUGGAUGAUGAGGACUGCGACAAGGCGAACAGCGACUGCGAGAAUGUCUCUCGGGAGGAGCUGGGCCUCCAGCAAGCCAUGGCAGUGGAGCUCCUGAAGAGAGACUGCAUUGGUGCCUUGUCCCUCCCCAGCAGCUUUCACGCAUUCGCAUGCAGCAACAAGAACACGUCGACGCUGCCGUCCGAGUUCCCGGGCCCUGCCGCGUCCAAGUCUUCGCCGCCCGCGCCGACGGGCACCUCUGCGGCUCUGUCGCACUUCGACGUGCCAGGAAAGCCCAGAAUCUGGUCGCUGGCACACACGGCAGUACUAGACCCCCGCCCCGGCAGCCAGUUAAGUACCGGGAACGUCGGCCUGGACUGCCAGUUGUCAGCUGUGAAAGUUAACAUGACUGGGCGUGGACAGUGCGGCGGGUUGGGGAGCCCUGGAACAACAAGCCUGUCCAGCGUGGAAGCCUCUUUCCAAACGGGCAUGCAAGCUCAAAACAAAGUCUACGGCGCUUCCGGCUUUACCCACAAGCCUCUGCAUCUGCACUGCUCGUCUUACCCCGUGAUUUCCGACGCAUGCCAGUAUUCAUCCGUUGAAGGAUUUUCAGAUGGUAGAAAGUCUGAGGCGGAAUCCUCAGCGCUCAGUGACACGUGUCUUGCGCUGCAAGAAGACAAGCUCUCGGCCUUCAGACCAGGGAUGAAGAGGUGAAGCAGGUUGACCGGAGCGCAGCCAAUAAACACUGAGCCAUUUAUAUAACUUUAAUUAUGCACUGAGGGCCUGAUAUAAAGACAAGCGAUCCAAACCAUCAUCUAUGAACCGGCCAGUGUUUAAACGACAGGCUAAAACAGACGUUUGCCGGAAACUGUGGAUACAGCCAUCGUUUUGCACUAUAUUGUUUUAAUGAUAAUGGUGACUGUAUGCAAUGCCACGUUAGGCGAACUGGAAUGAACUUCGUAUGUAUGCACUGGGCAAUCGUUGUAUAGCAAAUUUAUUUAUUGUUGUUUAUUUAUUGCUUGUUGUAUUAUCAGUUUAUUUGUUUAACAUAUCGCGAACCGUAUGACCUAAUACUUUGCUUUGUUUUACGUCUGUGUCCGUUUGCAAAACAGAACAUGUUAGUUCCAUUGUGGGGAGCUUGUUAUAGGGCCAUUUGUUUGCAGCAUAUGGAGAACAGAUCACACGCAAUAUAUUGUGUAACUUCAGAAACACUGUUCAGAAAAAAAAAAAUCAUUUUUUCAUGAUUGUUAUAUUUUCUAAGAAUGCAUUUCCAA